AUGGAUCCAAGCUUAUACCAGCAACAACGCCAACAACAGAACCGUGUUCCUUAUCCAUUUACCGGAAACCCCCAAGCAGGAUUAGCUAAUGUGAUGGGUGCUGGUACGUAUCCUCAACAAUACAUGACAAAUAUAACAAACAACCCAGGAUACGUACAAUCAAAUACUGGCAUCAAUCCCAUGAUGUCCAUUUCUGGUCGCCCAGUAUACCCCGUACCAGUUGCCUCUUUGACUUCCAUGACAACUAACGGUAUGCCCGCUGCAAAACGAGUGGCUCUUGCACCAACACCACUAAUGCAAAGUAUAUUUUCAAAUAUUGCACAAACCCCCGGCCAGAAUCAGCUCUACACAGCUGGUGGUGGGUUUCCUAAUCAGCAAAUGAUAAGUUCAGGAAGGCCAACAGUUCCUGCCCAGUCAUUUGUAAAUACUGAUAAUCAAAAUAUGGACGGAAAAUCUUCAACAUCGAUGCACACGAAUGCGUAUGCAACUUCGAUACAAAGUAUUGAUAAACAUUAUGGACAAUUUCAGCAACAAACACCACCUAAGGCCAACACAAUAGGAAAUAAUUUCAAUAGCUUAUUGAACCAAACGAAGACUACUCAUCCUCAACAACAAAAUCAAGCAAUAUCGAAUCCUUUUAUGCAAGAUGAUGGUCAAACGAAUUGGUUGGAAUUUGAUGAAGAAGAUUUCGUUUAUGAUUUUAGUUGUCCAACGGAGUUUUCUAACUCUUCUAGUGGCAUUUGCGGAAACAUAUGGAAUUCCAAUUCGCCGCAAAGCAAUUUGAAUUAUUCGUCACAAAAUUCGUCAAAAUCAUAUCCGUCAAUUAACCAAAGUGGCCUUCAGCGAUCCCCACAACAGCAACAGCAUGAUAAUCAAGUACAGCAGCAACAGGUGACCGAACGGCCUCAACAACGACAGCAAACUCCACAACAUCAGCAAUCACAAACGCUGCAGAUAUCAUCACAAGCACAUCAACAUCAGCAACAGCCAUCUCAUCGGGAAGACACUGGAUACAUUUUUUCUACUCACCCAUCUCUUUCGGUUCAACCUAGUAGCAUUUCUCAGAAUUUGUCACCCAAAAGUGUUCAGCAUAGUACGAUGAGAAUGCUUCCACGCUCCCCUAACCCUGCUAUACCCGAUUCCAAUACACAGUCGUCAAUAUACGGUAAUCAGAGUCAACCUGUUAACCCUACGAAUUUAAGUCAAACGCAGGCUACAACGCAGAUCGGACAAUAUUCUAAAAUAAAUCCUAAAGAUCAUUUAAUUUCGAAUACUACCAUUACGGUUUUUCCUCAGUCGUCGACACAGUCUACAAUAUCAACAGAAUUGUCGUCAACAACUAGCAUUCAUAAUACUGUACUUGAUCCUUAUAAACAGUCAUCACAAACAACAAAUGAUACUACAUCAUUAACAUCAAUGAAACCUAAUCCUUUAAUUGGUCAUUUAGAAUCUAUGCAACGAAUAACAUCACAAGAAAAUGCAAAUGAUUCUUCAAUAUUGCCAACAAUAGAAAAUCAGAAUUCAUACACAUCAAAUAUACAAAUGACUGUUGGAUCAAGAAAUAGCUCAUCAAAUAGUCCCAAAAAUAUUAAUAAUCAUUCAGAGUCUACAAACUUUUCUAAACACCAUCAAAACUCUCAAACAUCCAACAACGAGCUACUUACUCAAUCGGCAAAUAAUCAUACGUCAAGUCCCAAUGUGACUGAUGAUAUGUUACAAAAUUUGCGGUUACCAAUUAGUAGUGGAAUAGCUGGACGUAGAGCUGUUACCUCCCGUCAAGUAUCACGACAAUCCGAAAAAGCUCCUGCAGUCACUCACCCUACACCUACAACGUCAACGCAAUCUUCUAGUUCAGCUUUACCAGCACAACCUUCAAAACAAGGACCUGUUAAACCUCAGAAGGUAAAUUAUGCACCAAAAACUCGACGCGUCGACAGCUAUGGUGGUCUAGAUCUUAGAGUUUUUGAGAAGUUUUCAUUACCUUUAAACAUACCCGGAAUUCAAGAUCUAGAUCUGAAACAGUGUGGGGAUUUGAUGGAUAUUUUACUUGAUAUGAUUUUAGAAUAUAUAGACUCUGUAACUCCAUCAUGUAGUGAGGAAACCACGGAAGAAAGCUCUAUAUCAUCACGAAAAUUUAUAAAAUACCAGAAAUUAUAUCAAUUAUCCAGACAAGAAUGUGAUGAAUUUGUGGACGUUGCAACGGACAAUUCAAAUAUAGUAAACGAAUGGUUAUCAUUACACGAGCAAUGCUGGUGUGAAGAUGAUGAUUUCCUUCUUGGAGUCAAUGAGAAAGUAAAAGCAGACAGAGAUACUAAAGAUAAUCGAAUCAGAAUAACCCGUAAAAAAGCUUAUGAUAUUCUAGAGUUACGAAAAAGCGUUAUCAUCAUAUUAUCAAAUAUUGCGGCAUAUCUUACUUUACCAUCAAUUUAUGUUGCAAGAGAUCUUUUGGUCGUAAUUGCAGAUUUUUUAGACAACACAGAUGAUUAUUAUGCUCAAGUUGCGCUGGAAGUAUUUGCAAAGAUUUCCGUUUCAUAUGAGAAUCGACAACGGAUCGGUGGUUGUGAUGAAUCUACGUUAACUACGGUUUUAGAACGAUUGUGGUAG